GCGAAUCAACUACAGGUAGCUUCCGCCGCUUAUCUCCAAGCGGUUGUCCCGGCUUGGUGUUCCUCUGCUACUCAAAGCAGAGCCGAGCCUAGCUCAAUGCCCUACGCACUGCCUCUGGUCCUUCUACUGCUGGCGGUCAUUUCGAUGAGGCUGUACGCCGUUCUACCGCGUGUGAACCGGGCCAAAAGAGCCGCGCGCUCACGUUCGGAGGCGUGUACCCUUGCCGUCUUUCUAGGCUCAGGUGGGCACACUAGCGAAGCCCUCGUCCUUCUCUCCGCCCUUGACUUCGACCGCUAUUGCCCCCGAAAAUACUUUGUUAGUCAAGGCGACAUUCUUAGUGCCAAGAAAGCGAUCACCCUCGAAUCUGAAAGGGCUUCAGGCCCUGCAUCUUACACUAUUAUAACCAUCCCACGGGCACGUCGUGUGCACCAGUCACUGCUGACGACGCCGCUGUCCUCUGCAAUAUCUCUGAUGGCCUGCAUAUAUCAUGCAACGAUAUCGCCGCUGCUAUCAGGCAAGCCAUUCGCAGAUGUUCUUUUGGUAAAUGGCCCAGGAACAUGCGUCAUGCUCUGUCUAGCCGUUUAUCUCAAUAAAUUCCUUGGUCUGCCUUCUUCUAAACUGAUCUAUGUAGAAUCAUAUGCCCGAGUGAACCGGCUGUCGCUCUCUGGGAAAAUUCUAAAGCCCUUCGUGGAUAAGUGCGCUCCUCUUGC